AUGGAUUUUAAGUUUUAUCCUACUAAAAUCGAUGACGCCUGGUUCGAGCGCCGCGCUGAGAGGCUCCUUAUCGGAGCCACCGCAUCUCAUUUGAAGAGUCUGAUCUGCACCUCUGGAUCUCUGAAAGAGGACUUUGAUAUGCCUCAACUGGACUCAUUGAGAGUUGAUAUUCGUCACUCUUGGCCCAACGAGGAAGCCUUCUUGGACAAAAUGAAGUGCCUGCGCCGACUUUCUUUCCAAUCUUCCUGUCCUGAUAGCGUCACGUUUCCGCUCAAGUCGAGCACAACAAUCGAAGAAUUAAGUAUUAGGUUUCGCAGGGAAGCUUGGAAAUUGGAUCCAUUUGUUGAUGAUGACCGUCUGUUUGAUUGGCCGAUUAAAUUUGCCAUUCCUGAAUUAAACCAUUUUACUAACCUCAAGUGGCUGUCCAUUCAUAUUGAAGCGAUAUGCUCAAUUGAGGACCUCGAAGACGAGACUGAGGCUGAGGAUGAGAUUAAAACCUUUAUUUCUUCACUCCCUAACAGUCUGGAAAUACUUCAUAUCGACAUGACCGAUGAAAGAGGAGAUCCCGAAGUCAUAUUUGAAUCGAUCUUGGUGGCCUCAGGCGCCAGAACAUUCGAGAACUUGAAGGCAAUCUUGUGGUCUCCUGACGAGAUUACUUCAGACGCCAAUUUCCGUAUUAUUAGGCCCGAGGCCACUCCCGACGGUCAACCUCAAUGGUUCAUAGUCACAAAAGAGAGCAAAAAGAAAUUGGGUCAACCGGAAAACGAAUUCUUUCCCAACUGGGAACGUCUCGUGGCCAAAUGA